AUGCGUCAAACAGGCUUCUUCCACCACAUUGGCUCCUUUCUGCUCUUCUCAGCCACCAUUCUCCUCAUCAUCACCUGCAUCAGCGCCCCCGUGGUACACAACCUGUCGGUGCUCAAGGUGAACCUCGCCAACAACGACAAUGACUUUAGCCCCGACAUCACCUUUGGCACCUUUGGCUGGUGCGUCCAGCAGUCUGGCAGCGACGACGACUGCUCGUCCACCCACGUGGGCUACGACGCGGCCGGCGUGCUCAAGAACAGAUCCAGCGGCGCCUUUGACACGUCUGACUUUGCUGGCGACACGGCCAAUGGACUGACCCGCGUCAUGGUCCUCCACCCCGUCGCCGCCGGUCUGUCCUUUAUCUCGUUCCUGCUCGCCCUUGGCGCCGGCGUCGUCGGCAGCUUCUUGGCCGCCAUCGUCUCCCUGUUGACGUUUAUCGUCACUCUCGUCGUCCUCAUUACCGAUUUCGUCGGCUUUGCUAUUCUCAAGAACGCCGUCAACCGCUCGGACACGGGUGCCACCUCCGAGUUUGGUGCUUGCAUGUGGACUCUACUUGUUGCCGCCAUUUGCAACCUGCUCGCCACCAUUGUCGUCUUCUUCACCUGCUGUAGCGCACGUCUGCACAAGAAAAGACACAGCAGCGCCAAGGUUGAGCGCUACGACAGCCCGCCUACUCGUCCCGCCCGCAGACGGUGGUUCUAA